UCUGCGUGGAGUGGCACGGUACAGGAGGCGCGACGCCAGCGUGGUGGAGCCGCCGGGGGCAGAGGACGACAGCCGCCAGCAUGGAGUCGCCACUGAUGGGGCUGCUGGGGGUGGCGGUGGCGGCGCUGCUGUACCAUGCCUGCGUCACAGCUCAGGCAGGCGCCCACGAGCAGUGCUACGCCGAGGUGCCGGAACCCUACGACCACCUCGCCACCAAGACGCCGUACUAUGUGGUCCAGAACAACAACGACAGCGAGGAGGUGUUCCCAGGGUGUCGGCCGGCUCAGUUCUGGCUGACGGCCCGCCACGGCACGCGCUACCCGGGAGACGACGACAUCAUCCACAUGGACCGCCGGCUGCCGCUGCUGCAGCAACACAUCCUCCGCAACUACGCCGCCGGCCGCAGUAAGCUGUGCGCCCUGGACCUGGACAACAUCCGCGAGUGGCACCAGGCGUUCGACCGCAGCAUGGAGAACCAGCUGACCGAGUCGGGCGAGCACGAGCUGUUCCACAUGGCGAAGCGCUUCCAGAAGCGCUUCCCCACGCUGCUCGGGGCGCCCUACGACCCCGACAAGCACAAGUUCCUGACGACCACCAAGCAGCGGGCGAUGCAGAGCGGCCGCUGGUUCGCACGCGGCCUGUUCGGCGACCAGCCGGUCAUCUUCCCCAAGCCGAAGACGAACGACCCGCUGCUGCAGUUCUACAAGACCUGCGACAAGUGGCGGGAGCUGAUCGACGACAGUGAGGACUCGCGCCGCGAACGCUAUGCCUUCCAGAACUCGUCCCACAUGCUCAGCACCAUCUCCGGCGUGUCCGACCGACUCGGAUUCGUCGGCAACAUGUCCUACGCGGACGUGCGGCUGAUGUACGACAUCUGCCGGUACGACAAGAGCGCCUUCCCGGACCGGGUGUCGCCCUGGUGCGCCGUCUUCACCGAGCUGGACAUGAAGGUGUUCGAGUUUGACAACGACCUCGAGUACUACUGGGUGGACAGCUACGGCAAUCGUCUCAAUUACGAACAGGCCUGUCCCAAGGUGAAGGACUUCAUCGAUAAGUUCAGUGCGGUCGGCUCCAGCCCCGAGCGGCAGCCGCUGGCGCACCUCUACUUCUCCCACCUGGGCGGCGUGCUCAAGUUCAUCACCCGGCUCGGCAUCUUCAACGAGUCGCGCCCGCUGCGCAGCGGCGACUUCGGCACCGCGCGCGCCUUCAGCUCCUCCUAUCUCUCGGCCUUCGCCUCGAACGUGGCGCUGGUGCUGUUCGAGUGCGGCGACGGCUACCACGUGUCGGCGUACGUGCAGGAGCACCCCACCCGGCUGCCCGGCUGCCCGGGGCAGCUGUGCCCCCUGGAGCGGCUCGUCAGCCAGUACCGGGACGUGGUGGACGGCUGUGAUCUGACCACCAUGUGCGCCAGCGGCGGCUGGCUGGCCACCAUGUGGAAGACGCUGGUCUGGGGUCUGCCGGCGCUGUCCGUCCUAGUCUGAUGCGGCCGGCGCCGGGCCGGGCGACGGCCGAGGGGGAUCAACUGCGUAGUGACUGCGCUGGGCCGGGCGACGGUUGAGGGCGAUCAACUGUGUGGUGACCGCGCCGGGCCGGGCGACGGCCAGGGGGGAUCAGCUGCGUGGUGACCGCGCCGGGUCGGGCGACGGCUGAGGGAGGAUCAACCGCUUAGUGACCGCGCCUGGCCGGGCGGCAGCCGAGGGGAUCAACUGCGUAGUGACGCAUGUGUGCGGAUGGGUUAUGUAGGGUGUGUGGGCGGUUGAUGUGGGAGUGUGUGGGCGGGGGAUUUGGGAGUGUAAACAGGUGAUGUGGGAGUGUGAGCGGGUGAUGUCGGAGUGUGAGCGUGAUGUGGGAGCGUGCGAGGCGAUUCAUGAUGCUGACGGCCUCAGCAGGAACGGCGUCGUUAGUCAAUCGUACCCGUUACUUGGGUACGAAAAGCCUGUGAGGGGAAUGUUUAGGGUUUUAGUACGUCAAAAGUAUGUAUCGAAUGGAGUGUUUCUCUCAAAGCGAAGUGCCUUAGCUGAAGCCGUCUGCAGGGCUUUGGUAUCUGCAGGUUUUAGUGUGACUGAUAUUUCGUUGUUGAAUUGCCAUGCCGUAGGUGAUGACAAAAUCAAAUAUUUUUAGAUCGGCCAAGAAAAAGUCGUCCAAGUGCAUUGAUAUGAGUGUGUAGAGAAAUGAUCUGAGAUCUGCCUUGAUAUAUGCAUGUUUUAGUCGCGUGACGCUCGCUGAUUUUGACCCUUGAGCUAUACAAAACAGUGUUCUAGCUUAUAAUGUACACCCUGCUCCACCUGGCAACGGGGCGUUACAUUUUCAUGUCACGAUCCGAGCGACGAGUGCCCGGUAACCCAUUUUGAGCGGUGGUCUCCCGGGAAGUGCGUGGAAGGGUUUUCACAGAUGGGGCCACAGGGAGGGUAGACCACAGUUUUUUUUCGAAGCAUUUGCAGAAAUGGUUCGAGAAGUGCCCGUGUAAGUAAGCGCACUGGAAAUCAAAAGGCUCUGCUUCGGUGAAGGGGAUGUGUUGAUCUGUUGUCUUCCGUGGGGAGAAGUUCAGACGGGCUUCACGCUAAAUAUAUAUCGUAAGUUGUGAUAGGGGAAAUCUUAAUUUUCCCUUGGUGUUGACGCUCUUAAGUGUGCCAGCGUAGGGCACCGUAGCCACUGCGUGUCUCGCCAAGCAUCCACUUACUCGUCGGCGAUGGUCACAAAAAGGAUUCCAAAGUGAUAGCGUUUCGUGAGCUUCGUGAGUCAUGGGUGUGCUUGCCAGUGCAACCAACAAAUACAAUACUCGGGCAC